AUGUCUCGAUUUUCCGACGGCCCCCUCCCCCUCCCCCCUGCCUCCCCACGCCCGCUUUCCCCCACCACCCCUAUCAACUCCCACCCCCACCACCACCCCCACCCCUUCUGCCACGCAAGCCACAUCGCCGCAUACCUCGACACAUACACCCGUACACACAUCUACAACAACGUCUCAUUGUAUGAUCGCAUCAUAUUCAACACACGCGUAACCACCACCACCGCCUCGAAAGCCCUGCCCUCCCACCGCUCCCACCGCUCCCAGCCCCGCUGGUACCUUGCGUGCACGCCUCCUUCUGGAGGAAAAAUGGUGAUAGUGGGGACGAGGACGCUGAUUGAUUGCACGGGCCUGGCGUCCCAGCCGUCAAUUCCCGCUGUGCAAGGGCAGGAGGGGUUUCGUGGGCUGUGUAUUCAUCAGAAAGACUUUGCGAGGUGUGAGGAGGGGGAGGGGAUCUUGGCGGGUGCACCAUGCGAUGAGGAUGAAGCUGGCGAGGGGCGGGGGGAGGGGGAGGAAGCACAUCGUGGUUGUUGGUGGGGUAACGGUGAUGGUGGUGAUAGUGGUGAUAGUAAUUGUGGAGGGGGAGGGACAAAUGUGUCGUGGGUGAUUCGCGAGGAUGGGAAUGGACCUGCUGCUUUCUUGCCUAGUAAGGGGGCGGAGGGAUUUUAUUCGCGGUUUGUGGCCGGGUUCUUGCCUUGUGUGUUUGGGACGGGGAAUGCGGGGGGAAGGUGGUGGGAGGGUAUGUUGCACAGGACGAGAGUGGGGCAGUGGAUGGUAAGAAAGAUUUGGGAGAGUGUGGAUCGGGGGUAUAGAGAUGGUGCGAAUUUUGGGAGGGAGCAAGGUGAGGGUAUGGGGAGGGGCUUUGAGGGGCUGGAGAGCCAGACGCCCGUGUUCUGGCAGAACGAUAGCUCGGGGAUCAAUCAGCGAGAAGAUUUCUGGGAUGUGAUUGCGGACAGGGUCGAUGUGUAUAGGAGGAACCUAAAAGCUAUUGACGAGAGAGAAAUCACACUGGCAGAGGAGAAGGGCACCGGGGAGUCAGGUCUGACGAUCCCAGCGGAUUUAUUGAUUUAUUGCACAGGCUGGUCGCCACAAUCUGCGCUUUUUGACGAUGCGACGGCAGCGCAGUUGGGCUUGCCAGUGUCAAUCAAAUACAGCGAGUCGACGAAUACGCCGCUUGAUGUCGCCGCUGACGCGCAAGUAUUGUCUGACUUCCCAGCUCUUGCACAUCCUCCCAUGUAUCGUAGGAUAGAGCCUGCCCUAACACCCUUUCGACUUUACAAGACGAUGGCCCCAGUCUCGGAGAACGAUGAUCGAUCCAUUCUCUUUCUGGGUAGACUGGUCGUAGGCAACAAUUUUCUCGUAGCGGAGGCACAGGCUUUGUGGGCUGUCGCGUACCUGGAUGGCCACAUCGCGUGUUCGCAGGAGGAGAUGGAGCGGAGCGUUGCAGAGACAGUCGCGUGGAGCCGCCGUCGAUACCUCAACAAAGGACAGCUUGGUAUCUGGUUUUUCUUCGACGUCAUCAAAUAUGCCGAUAUGUUGCUUGCACAGCUUGGUCUCGACAGCCACAAGAGAAAAGGUUGGUUUGGCAACGUUUUCUCGCCCCUUCGCGCCGCAGACUUGAAGAGCUUGCUUGGGGAGUAUAACGCAAAGCACAAGUGCAAAGCUUGA